AUGAAAGAAAAAAAUAUAUCCGUCUGUGAUGAUUACUCCCUGCCGCUCGACUUUGUAAAAUUUAAAAGACCGUCCAGUUUUGACCCAGGUUUAGCAGAGUGUUUACCCAAUAAUUGGCCAUCACCUUCCACUGAGCACGUUACAUUCUUAGAUCAGCAGCAAUAUUUGUUACAACAAAUCAACUUUCCACUAAAUCAGCAGCAGCAAUUUGAUACUCAAAGUCGUGCAUUAACUUUAGAACAACAGCAAGUUCUUCAACAACAGGAAUUUGAAGAAGACCAAGACGAAGCACAAGGCUAUAUUGAUGAAAGUGGCAAUUUGUGUAUUUUACAAUUUGCCCCAGACACUUUAGACGAAACCGUUGGAGCCACAGCAAAACAAUUUUCACGACACAGUACACGCGAAAAAACUCGAUCGUCACAAAAGCGACGAAAAAAGAAAAAGUCAAAACAACAUCAAGCAAAAGCAACAAAAGAGCUUGACUCAUCCGUGCCAAACUCAUCCGAAAACGAAGAAGAAAGAAUUGUUUUUGAUGACGAAGGAAAAGUGCCAGAAUUAAACUCACCCGAUAGUAUAAAUGACGAUGUUUUGAAUCCUCUGAAUAAUUUCAAGAGUCCGAGACGAUUAUUAACAGCAGAGAGAUCGAAAACAAGCCCGUCACCAUAUUAUUAUUCAGAUUUGUUAAAGAAGAAAACGACUGAAGAAGAACGACGUCAAUUGUUUCAAUUACAGCACCCAAGAACCGCAGUUAAUACAUUAAAAGAGAAAGAAGGUGGAAUUAAGAAUAAGAAAAGUAAUAGUUUAGAUACUCCAGGUGCAGAAAAAGAAGUAUCGACACCGAAACGUUAUUCAAUUACUGAGGACGGUGUUCGUAUUAUUCGUUGUGAUUCUCCAUCAAGUUCAACAUCUGACGAUUCCGAUUGUUCUGAAUGCCAAAAGAGACGUGAGUGGCAUUCACAUGCACUAGCAGUUGUACGAGCAGCAACACAAAAUAUACGGUCACAAUCAUUAACUAUAGAUGAUGUCGAACCCGAGGUAUAUUAUCAGAAUACUAUAGUAUCGCAAAUGCCUCAGAGUCGAUUCAUUGAUAAUCAAGCCAUUUGUGCGUGUGCCACACCUAAUUUUGGUGACGAUGCUGAUGAUCAAUUAUUUCAACCGCGUAGUAUAUUUUAUGUCCAUCAACAGGGCUUUCAAGAAUGUGCAGAUUGCAGUAUAACAGAUGAUGAACGUUUAAAAGCUUUAAUAUUUGACGAAAUGAAUGUGAGACAGCGAAAAAUUUAUGAAACAGCUUUCGAUUCGAAAAUUUCAAAAUCUGAUGAUGACCUUGACGAUGUUGAUCGCAUAACAAAUCAUUCAGCGAGCUUAUUCGGGAAUGAAUAUAGAAUGGUAACAAGUCACAGUAAAGAUAGUUUUAUAGCUUCAUCUGCAGUUCAACAUCCGAAAGAGAAGCGUUAUCGAUCGAAGCACAAUAAGAAGGCACAGCAAAAUAAUAAUAACAAUAACAUAAAUAAUAACAAUAUUAAUAAUAACUGUAAGAGUGAGGAAGAUAUAAUAGUAAAAGAUAUUGAGAAUAUAAAAAUAGAAGAAUCGAUUGAUAAUAUUGUGAAUGCCAACAUUACAUCAACGUCGACAACCACAGCAAAUACACAACAAUAUACACCUUCACCUCCAUCAACUGCGCCUUUACCAUUGAAAUUUCCAACAAAACAUGAAAAGUUCUUUAUAAAUAGCAUCAAGAGUGCUCCAAACUUGCCAGCAUCAAAUGCAUUACAACAUCCACGACUAAAAGAUUUGCGAGGUUCGCAGAAGAAUGACGCCUCUAAAGAGCGUCCUCGAUCGGUUAUUGUUGAAGCAGGAAGAGUCUUUGAACUCAAACGAAGUCAUUCAGGUCGCCAUUAUUCAUCGUCGAUUGAGAGUAUGGCAACGUCAAGUAGUGGUGGCAGUAUGGAGUCAAUCAGGUCAAGUACUAGUGAAGGUGAUCGUAGCACGACAAGUACAGAAUCACGACAUUCAUCAACAUUAAGUUCGCACAGCUCUGACUCUGGUCCCAGUGUAGCACGUCCAUUGCGUGUUCCUGUUUUAAUCCAUCCAAAAUUACAAAUUCUCAGUCCGAUAUCUGAUAAGUCAACGCAAGACCAAGUCUCAGAAAAUUCUGAAAAUAAAAAUCAAACGCCGAAGCAACAAACACCGUGCGAUGAAAAUGGCGAUAAAAUACUUGAUGACAACAUUGAUGUUAAGCAAAAGAAGCGCCCGACAGCAAGUAAAAUAUUGUUGAUUGCGCGCGAGGAAAUACAGGGCAGUGAUAGUGGCAUUUCAUUACACUCACGACACGAAAAGGCAAAACUAAGUGCAUUAUGUGAUAAUAAGAUUGAUAAUGCAACUGGAUUGCCGCAGGAUUUAAAGGAUCUUCCAUUUGAUAUGCCUAAAUUAAGGAGACGAAGAGUUCAGCCACAGAACUCAGGAGCAUCAGGCAGUGCCACAUCAGUUGAUCUCGGAGAACUUCCAUUUGACAUGCCGAAAUUGCGACGAAGAUUGCGAGUCGGUGGUGUUAACCUCAUAUUACCCAGCAACAUAUCUCAUAACUUAACAAAUAAUGCACUUAAUUUAAGCAACAAUAAUAGUUUGAGUACAGACACAAGUGGUGUGUCUCAAGCAUCCUCCAGUCAAUCUGUAAUACAGCAAGAUGAUCGACCAAUAAUUGGUGGGAGUCUCUUUAGACAGAAUUUGACAUUAAAUUUGAAUGAUUCAAAACCGGCAAAAGUAAAGAAGCCAUUUGGGACAUUAGACUUGCAUGGAUUGUCAACUGCUAGUGGAAAUUUGAGUAGCAGAUCGUCUGCUGCCAUUAGUUUCAACGUGGGUGGCUUUAAUCGACUAAAUAUGGCACUAAUUGAUGAUUCUAUUUCACUCGAACGACAAGGCUGGUAUCAUGGUGCGAUCACUCGAAUAGAUGCGGAAAAUAUUUUACGGCAAUUGAACGAGGGAAGCUUCCUAGUGCGCAACAGUGAAUCGGCAAAGCAAGAUUAUUCAUUAUCAUUAAAGAGUGCUAAAGGCUUUAUGCACAUGAGAAUCCAACAGAAGAAUGAUACAGCCGAGUAUAUCCUUGGUCAAUUUAGUCGUCCCUUCAAAUCCAUACCAGAAAUGAUACGACAUUUUUGCCUCAACCGAUUGCCAGUACGUGGAGCCGAACACAUGUGUCUUCUUGAGCCUGUCAUCGCACAGUUGCUGUAAAAUGUUUUUUAUGCAAAUUUAUAUAUAUUCACUAUUCAAAAUGCGAAAAUUGUCGAUUCCGGCUCUCAUUAGGACAUUGAGUUGGAGACAGACGAUGCAGAAAAAAAUGAAAAAUCCGAGAAAAAUAACUUGUUCAUGCAAAUAAUGAAGUCAGCACAAAAAUAGAGAUUCAAAACUAGAAUUUUUUUUAUUAUUAUUAUUCAUCCUAGAACGAAGGAUCUAGACGUCCUUCCAUCUAUUGCAUAUAUUUGAAGAUAAGUAUUACAUGGAAAAGAAGAAAAAAAAUAUCAUAGAAAGGAAAUAUGACUGACAAUAAGGUAUAAAUAGCAAAACAUGGCUAUGAAUGAGAAUGGAAAAGGAAAAGGCACGAAAAAGUAUGAGGAAUUCAGGAAAAAGGAAACGAAAAUUGUCUUGUGUUUCUUGAUGUGUUUGUUUUUGAUUGGAUAUGGGGAUGCAUUCACUAGUGAUUACUUUGUUAAUAUGUUAUUAAAGUUAAUCGUAAUUUGAAUAUUUAAUAUACCUAAGUUGGGUUAAGGAUUUAACUUAUUGAAACUUUGAUCAUGUUUACUGAGAAUUCAAGUUCUAGUUAGUAAAUAGCAAACUUUGAUCCCUUAGUUGAUUGAUGUAUGUUAAAUUAAUUAGUAUAAUUCAUGAAAAAAAUUCAUUCACAUUACUCUCAAAAUCUCCCCAUGUCAUGUUGCUUUAUUGUUUUAAGUAUUUCCAUUUAUCUAUGUAUUCAAAGAAAAUAAAAUAAAAUCAAAAAGAAAAUUCAAUUUAUUAUCAAGUCACACAGCAUGAAAACCUAGAAAAAGCCAAUAAGAAAUCAACAUAAAUUUCCAUUUCAAAGUUUUUUCUCCUUUCUUCUUUUGUUGCCUUAUUUUCCUUACCUAAUUCUUCUUGUAUGUGUGUGAAUGUUUGUUUAAAGUCUCCGUUCGACGGAUGACUGGAACGCAUUUAGAUAAACAUAUUAUAUCACAGACAUGUGAUAUAACUUUUGAAUGAAUGAUUCUGUUGCUGAACAAGAUAUUUAUUGAAACUUGAAUAUUAAGCAUGAUACGCAAAAUUUUUCAAUGAUCUCAAUUUUGUUCAAUAUCUCAGACAAUGAAGAAUCCACCCAUUCAGUAAAAGUGAACAAAUGACAACUUAAUGUCUGUAAAAAUGCGUUCAAAAUGUUUGAAAAGAAUGAAAAGUCAUUAUAGAAGUACCGAAAAUAUUUCAAAAAAUAAAUGAAAGAAAAAAUCUCUCAAUUUCCUACAUUUUUCUUUCUGGAUAAUUUUAAGGAAUGUUCUUGUCGGUGUCGUCAUUUAUCGCCAGUAAAACGAGAGAUCCCUUUUUCAAUUUUCCCUCCUUCUUUUAUGUCUUAAAUGAAGAAAAAUAUGUGAUAGUAGAAUUUAGAGUUUAAAAAGAAUUCAAAAAAAUAAGCGAAUAUAAAAAAAAUUGAAGUGGUUUCCUAGAGACAAGUCAAAUAUCCAAUAGGAAAAUUGUUUUAAUUGAAAUUGUGUUUUCCUUAUUUCUUAAAAUAUUCUUAUCGUGAUUUUGCCUUUUAAUUUGUGCCAGACAUCUUAAGAGAUUCAUUUACACACUUUUUCUUAUUAUUUUCUUUUUACUUUCAACUGGUCUCGCAUUUUAAUUAAUAGAAAAUUUCCAUUCAUUCCAUCUUUUGAAUAAGAAAUUGCAAUUAUUUUGCCAUUCAGCGUAUUCCUCAUUUUGCGUUUGAAAAAAAUUAUUUUAAUUAGUAAAAUGAGACGAAUGAAAAGGAAUCGGACAGCAAAUAAUAGUAAUUUUUAAGGAAGUCAAUAAAUACAGGGACAUGAUGUGCAAUUUUAAUUUGAAUUUGCUUUCAUUUGCCAACGAACGUGCAAUGUUUACAUUAUGUUAAUUAUUGAGGAUAUUAUUUGAUAGGAUGUGGCACUGUGGUUGUAAUAUCUUCUGGAAAAUUACAGACAACAACACAAAAAUAAAUAUUCUUGAAUCUGGCAGCAGAUCUUUAUAACAUUUUCCUUAAUAACCAAAAUAAAUAUUAUUGCUUGAAAUUGAAUGAUUCUGAAAUUACAUCCAUUAUCUUCUGGCAUGAACAAUAAGAAAUAAACGAACCUUUCACAAAUUUUAUGAUAAACGUUUGUAACUUAAAAGGCUAAUGACAAGCAUUAGCUACUAAGCAUCUAGCUGAAAAUUAUUUUUGACAAAAUGAAAUGAUUUUUUUUUAUAGAUUGUGACAAGAAAUAAUGGUAAAUGACAUCAGAAAUUUGAAAUUAUGCCAUUAAAAAUUUUCCUUGUUUUCCACAAGAAUUUUCUUUUAUAUCCUCAAGAAUAUUCAUUAAUGUCACUCGACUUGAAAAGUUCAUGUCAUAAGGAAUUUUCUUUUUCUUUACUGAAAUUUGGAGCAGCAAAUGGCCGCAAGAAGAUUAAGACAAUAAAAAUUCUCUUGCAAUAAAAGAAGCAAUUUAAAAUCAUGAGAAGAAAAUGAUCUAAAUUUCAUAAUGCUUUAAGAUUUUAUUGAAGAAAUUUUUCCUCAAUAAUCUCUUUAGCAGACGAUAACAACGAAUUGUCACACCCUUAAAAAAUAUAAAAGUUUCUCCUUAUUUUUUGAUGUUACUUUUUUGUUUCCUUAAAAAUGAAAUUUAAUUUAAGUUGAUUAAAAUAACUCAGAUUUUUCUUGAAGAACAUUAAUUCAAUUUUAAAUCCAUGCAUUUUUCUCUUUGAAUGUAAAUAUUUUUAAGGCAAGAAUGAAAUGAUGAUGAUUAAUUGUAUACCGAGCCCUCCCCUGCAUGUAACCAACCACUUCUUCUUCUUCUUUACCCUUCCAAAAUCGGAAUAAAAAAAUGUUCACUUAUAUUAAGAAAUCUCCCCUUUAUAGAAAAUUUCUCUGCAUUUAUUUCAUUUACUCAUUCAUUUGACUCACUGUGAAUCACGAUCAUAAUAAAAAUCAAAAUCUUAUUAGAUGAGAAAAUGAGAUCAAAUUAAGAAAAUUUAUGAAAAAUUUGGUCGCAAUUAAAUAGAGAAGAAGUGAGAAUUAAAAGAAUGAAGAAAAUAUUUUAAGAUGAGAAAAAUGCGAAAAAAUAUUAAGAAAAAAAAAUUUGUCUUGCGAUGUAAUGAAGCAUUUCACAUUACAUUCGAGUAUGUCAACUUGAAGGCGCAUGAUACUUAAUUGUUAUUUUGUGUGUUUACUGAAAGAAUAAGAAAAAAAAUAAACUAUUUCGUGCAAAAGAAGUGAAAUGCGAAGGAUUAAUUUGAUAUUCCCAUUCCCAUAACACAAUACAUAUAUAUAGAAUAGUCAUGCAUAUAUAUAUAUUUGUUUAACGACUAAUUAAAGAUAAUUUAUUAUUCAUUAUUGUGUACAGAGAAAGAAAAAUGAGGAAAAUUAAAUAAAAAAAAAGAAAAUAUACAGACACACUUAGAACUAUAUAUAUUUUGAGGUGACACAUAUAUACACAUAGUUCACCUUAUGUAAUUGUGAGAAGAAAUGAAUUAACAGAUAAAGAUGAGUAGAGACAAAUGACACAAAAAUGUAACCAUAGAAUUUCUAUAAUGAGCUGAAGUAGCAGAUGAAAUUAAUGAGAAAUUAUUAUUAUUGUAAUAUUGAAGGAAAGAAAAACUCAUGCAUAUUCUGUAACUUUUGAGACAUCACUUAGUGAAUGAUCAAUAAAAAUUUAAUUAUGCAAAAAAAA